AAAAAGUCAUCACAACAAAGGUUUUGGGAACAGUAAAAUAGUUCAAUGUAAGGAACGGAUAUGGUUUCAUCAACAGGAAUGACACCAAGGAAGAUGUAUUUGUACACCAGACUGCCAUAAAGAAGAAUAACCCCAGGAAGUACCUUCGCAGUGUAGGAGAUGGAGAGACUGUGGAGUUUGAUGUUGUUGAAGGAGAAAAGGGUGCGGAGGCAGCAAAUGUUACAGGUCCUGGUGGCAUUCCAGUUCAAGGCAGUAACUAUGCAGCAGCAUUAUAGACGCUAUCCACGUCGUAGGUGUCCUCCACGCAAUUACCAGCAGAAUUACCAGAACAGUGAGAGUGGGGAAAAGAAUGAAGGAUCAGAGGGUGCUCCCGAAGGCCAGGCCCAACAACGCCGGCCCUAUCGCAGACGAAGGUUCCCACCUUGUUACAUGCGGAGACCCUAUGGGCGUCGACCACAGUAUUCCAACUCUCCUGCGCAGGGAGAAGUGAUGGAGGGGGCUGACAACCAGGGUGCAGGAGAACAAGGUAGACCAGUGAGACAGAAUAUGUAUCGGAGUUAUAGACCACGAAUCCGCAGAGGCCCUCCUAGCCAAAGACAGCCUAGAGAGGAGGGUAAUGAAGAGGAUAAGGAAAAUCAAGGAGAUGAGACCCAAGGUCAGCAGCCACCUCAACGUCCGGACCGCGGCAACUUCAAUUACCGACACAGAUGCCCAGAGAACCCUAAACCACAAGAUGGCAAAGAGACAAAAGUAGCCGAUCCACCAGCUGAGAAUUUGUCCCCUCUCGAGGCUGAGCAGGGCGGGGCUGAGUAAAUGCCGGUUUACCAUCUUUACAAUCAUCCGGUUUAGUCAUCCAACAAGAAGAAAUGAAUAUGAAAUUCCAGCAACAGGAAAUGAACAGAAGAUUGGAGCUGAAGACCUUAAGUGCUUGCUUUUUGCCCUGUUGACCAGAUAACUAGAACUAUCUGCAUUAUCUAUGCAGCAUGGGGUUUUUAUUAUUUUUAUCUGAAGUCUCUUUUUGGUAAUGGCAAACUUUUUUUUUUUUUUUAAAGCCUGGGUUUUCUCAAUACACCUUUAAAGGUUUUUAAAUUGUUUCAUAUCUGGUCAAGUUGAGAUUUUUAAGAACUUCAUUUUAAAUUUGUAAUAAAAGUUUACAACUUGAUUUUUUCAAAGAAGUCAACAAACUGCAAGCACAUGUUAAUAAAGGUCUUAAAU